UCAAAUGUGGGAGGGCGCUCUGCGUUUCCUGUACCGCUUCAUUUUAACUGAUCAUCAAAUUACAAUGUAAAUCCUAAUCGGAACAUUAUUUUCAAACGCAGAACAUAUCAUUCAUGUCAUAUCCAUCACCUGGAAUACCGGGCGGCAAUUAAUCAACCAAUACAUGGUUUGCGGUCUAAAUAUCAGCCGCUGUCACAUUGACAGCGGUAGGAUAUCCGGAAGACUUGAGGCAGGUUUGCUCGAGCCAUUGCGGUGUUGACGUAAGAGCUAAACCCUUUUCAACCGGUCUAAGGACCCUCCUCCAAGGUGACAUACAUCCAAUCACAGACUAGCAUGGGAGAAGAUGGACAUUCCAGCUGCCAAUCAGAGCUACGGACAUGGCGGGCAGCCCGGGGUGUGUCAUAAUGGCUGGUCAGCAACCACACCCACGACCGGUCUUGGAUGUACCGCUGCCCAAGGACUCUCCAGUGACCCUCUACCCAGCUUACAGGGUCUGAACCUGGGCCCAGCCUCACACCAGAACCCCUCUAAUAACAUCCCUCAGUCCAUGGUUCAGUUACAGUACUCACACCAGGGCUGUGUCAGCAGUCUUCCUACGCCCCCAUUUAGGAACCAAUCACCUUCAGCUCUUAUACCAUGUCUGAAUCAAGAGCCUCACAUACCACAUGUACACAUGGGUCCUUAUAUUUCCUACAACAUCCCUCCACCAUCAACACUCCUCCCUCUGAAGCAAGGACCGCCAGCUAGCGGGCCUCCAUCCACGAUACCGUCUUCAAACCAGGCUCCUCAGAAUACUGUCUCUCCUCCAGUCUCUUCCGCUCCUCCAUAUCCUCCAUAUCUGUAUGCAAACCAAGGUUUUGUGAAUGGCCCUGCAGUGACGUUGACAAGUCCAAACCAAGGCUUUGUGAAUGGCCCCCCGGUGACGUUGACAAGUCCAAACCAAGGCUUUGUGAAUGGCCCUGCAGUGACGUUGACAAGUCCAAACCAAGGCUUUGUGAAUGGCCCCCCGGUGACGUUGACAAGUCCAAACCAAGGCUUUGUGAAUGGCCCCCCGGUGGCGUUGACAAGUCCAAACCAAGGCUUUGUGAAUGGCCCUCCGGUGACAUUGACAAGUCCAAACCAAGGCUUUGUGAAUGGCCCUCCGGUGACAUUGACAAGUCCAAACCAAGGCUUUGUGAAUGGCCCUCCGGUGAUGUUGACAAGACCAAACCAAGGACCUCCCAACAGCAGUUUUUCAUCCAUGUCACCAUGUGGGAGCCAGGGCCAACAGUGUUCACACCCGUAUCCUCCACAACUCACCUCACCAGUCCAGCAGCAACCUCAAUGGGCCCUGCCUCAGCAACACUAUAGUCACAGUGGUGUAAUGUACAAGCCUGAUGCCACCUCGCAUCAGGAGGGUACAACCAUGCAACCUGUACAGGAGGGUACAACCAUGCAACCUGUACAGGAGGGUACCACCAUGCAACCUGUACAGGAGGGUACCACCAUGCAACCGUCCUGUCCGUCUCUGGGGGACAGUGGGGUGUCCGGUCCCAGCUCACCUAUCUCAGAGUCACGCUAUGGCCUACACCCUCAGCUUCUACCCAGCGCUGUGCGUGUGAUGGAGGAGGACAGGACAGCGUGGGAGGGGAAGGUGUUUGUGUCUGAACCCAUCUCGUCUCUACCUCCGCAGGCUACCACAGACUGUGUCGUGGAGGACAGAGGUAACUGCAGUCCUCGGUUCAUCCUUUCUACCUCCUACUGCGUUCCGUGUGAGGGCCAGACAGCCCUCCAGAGCCACCUACCCCUGGGGGCCCUAGUCACCCCUCUGGCUAAGCUACACACAGGAGAGCGCCCCCUGUCUGUGUGUAUGGAGGCUGACACUGUAAAGGGCUGUGGGGAGUGUGGGGCUUACAUGUGUUCAGCUAUGGGAUGGCAGGACUGUGGACAGAGAUUCUACUGCCCAUUCUGUGGGAAACUCCGUGAAGUUGGAUGGCAACAUUACCAGCCAACACAGGGAGUAGAGGGGAACAGAGUGGACCGAGAGCAGAGACCUGAGCUCAGUCUGGGCUCCUAUGAGAUACUGGACAGUCAACAGGAUGUGCCUGCUGCUGUGUUGCUCCUGGCUGUGGAUGUGUCUGCUGCAGCUCUGAGAGGAGGACACCUGGAGCUCAUUAGUCAGCAGCUACGUUCUCUACUCACAUCACUAAAUAGGGAGGAAGGUGCAUUCCAGUCAGAUGUUCGUGUGGGGUUGAUGACCUAUGACAGCCGGAUCCACCUCUAUGACCUCAGCCCUGCCCUGUCCCGCCCACACAUGCUGGUCGUCACGGAGACAGAGGACCUGCAGCUUCCUGUGAGGGAGGGGCUUCUGGUUCCACUCAAAGACUGCAUAGACAGUAUCAACAGUGUCCUCCAGCGUAUCCCUCUGUUCAGUGCAGAGUUUGAGGAGGCCAGUGGAGUUCUCCUGGAGCUGCCUGUCAAGACUGGACUGGCCGUUCUACAGGAGGUGGGUUGUCCUGGCAAGCUGCUGGUCUUUCAAACUGCUCCCUUCACCGAGGGAACACACACACACAACUCCUCUGGCUUCUUCAGCUCCAACAAACCAAAGUCUCUGUUUCAGCCUCCGGACCCUGCUGUCUCAUUGGCUAAGGAGUGUGUCAGUCAGGGCUGUGGCGUGCACCUGUUUGUGUUCUCCCAGCAGGAUGUGGGCGGGGCUUGGCCGGGACAUGUUCCUUACCUGACAGGUGGAGAGCUGCACUGCUACCACGGUCUCCAGGGAGAGUUGGACAGGGAGCGUUUCAGCUGUGACCUGAGGAGGACUGUAGAGACAGAGACGGGCUAUAGGGCCACACUCAGGGUACAUGUCAGUAAAGAUCUGCGCGUGUCAGGGUGUUAUGGCUCGUUCGUCCCCGGGCCAAACCCCGCCCACGUCGCCAUGGCAACCCUUGAUUGGCGGACGACACUGGCCGUUGAGUUAACACACAGCAGAGCUCUGGAUGAAAAGAGGGGCGUGGUCGUACAGACCGUCCUGUCCUACACCAGCCAGCAGGGAGAGAGGAAGACCAGGGUCCACAGUCUGUCUCUGUGCUGCUCACACCACCUACUGGACACCUUCUGUAACUGCCAGGCCCAGACACUGCUCACCUUCUACUGCAAGAAGAUGUACUGUGCCGUGUUGGAGCGCCCUCUACAGGAGCUGAGAGAGGAACUGCAGACAGAGUUAACAGAGUCCUUGGCCUGCUAUAGGAAACACUGCAGCGCCUCCUCUGUGUCCCCAGGACAGCUGGUCCUACCGCAGUACCUGAAGACCCUGCCAGUCUACCUCAACAGCCUGAGGAAGAGUGAAGUUCUGCUACCUGGCCUCCGCAGCUCAGUACACCAACGCCUGCAGCUCCGCUGUCAAGUGGUCUCCAUGGAUACCAAGACCACAGCAGGACACUUCUACCCUCUGCUGCUACCACUGCCAGUAGGUGGCAAUACCUCCAGUCCUCUCAGCCUAGGGGAGGCUGUUCGCUGCACUGCUGCUAGCCUGGACCAUGGAGGUCUCUACCUGGUCCACGGACCCCUGGUUCUGCUACUCUGGGUGGGCCACAACGUCUCCAACACCUCCCUGGUCCAACUCUUCAACAUCACCUGUCUGUCCACACUACCCUCUGGAGAGACGAAGCUGCCUGUGCUGGACAACCCUCUGUCUGUUAGUGUGAGGUCGCUCAUCAACACCCUGAACUCACAGACACACUAUACUCGCAAGCUGCGUGUGGUGAAGCAAGGGGACAGCUGUGAGGAGGCUCUACAGCGCCUCCUGGUAGAAGAUAAGAGUCCCAACGGGGGAGCGAGCUACGCUGACUUCCUGUACCACCUCCAUGUCAACUCUAUACAACUGCUGGUUCGUUAGUUGUAAAAUGUUUUGAACUGGAAACGCAAACGUUGGUUUCUUAUUGGACAAGUCCAGCUAAUCCCUCCCAUGUUUCACUCAGCUUUUCUUCUGUUUGGUGCCUAAUGAACAUGACCCUGGUGUUUUCAGCAGUAUGGCCAGGGGUUUUACAGAUCACCUCUGAAUGAUCAUAUCCUUAUUUGACUUACAGUUAUACAACUGGUUGUUAUACUUGAGGGCAUCAGCAAAUGGUCAUGUCUUAUUUGUUUGACCGUUGUAUUAAUAACUUUUCAAAUCAAAUAACAUGUUAUUGGUUAGCAGAUGUUAUUGGUCACAUACACAUGGUUAGCAGAUGUUAUUGGUCACAUACACAUGGUUAGCAGAUGUUAUUGGUCACAUACACAUGGUUAGCAGAUGUUAUUGGUUACAUACACAGGGUUAGCAGAUGUUAUUGGUCACAUACACAGGGUUAGCAGAUGUUAUUGGUCACAUACACAGGGUUAGCAGAUGUUAUUGGUCACAUAGACAUGGUUAGCAGAUGUUAUUGGUCACAUACACAUGGUUAGCAGAUGUUAUUGGUCACAUACACAUGGUUAGCAGAUGUUAUUGGUCACAUACACAUGGUUAGCAGAUGUUAUUGGUCACAUACACAUGGUUAGCAGAUGUUAUUGCGAGUGUAGCGAAAUGCUUCUAGAUCUGACAGUGCAGUAAUAUCUAACAGGUAAUAUCUAACAAUUCCACAACAAAACCUAAUAUCUAACAAAUUCCACAACAUAAUACACACAAUCUAGUAAAGGAAUGGGAUAAGAAUAUAUAAAAUAUAUGGAUGAGCAGUGACAGAGCGACUAAGAUGCAAUAGAUAGUAAAGAAUAGAUAGUGAAGGAUACAGUAUACAGUAUAUACAUAUGAGAUGAGUAAUGCGAGAUAUGUCAAGUGGCAUUAUUAAAGUGACUAGUGAUCCAUGUAUUAAAGUGGCCAACGAUAUCAAGUCUGUUGGUAGGCAGUUGCCUCUCCGUGCUAGUGAUGGCUGUUUAACAAUCUGAUGGCCUUGAGAUAUGUUUGACAUAUUUACAUUAAAGCUUUGUGUGUGUGUGUGUGUGUGUGUGUGUGUGUGUGUGUGUGUGUGUGUGUGUGUGUGUGUGUGUGUGUGUGUGUGUGUGUGUGUGUGUGUGUGUGUGUGUGUGUGUGUGUGUGUGUGUGUGUGUGUGUGUAUAAACUGUUGACUACUGUUAUUUUCUCUGACUGUUAGUAGUGUAGCUGACUGUCAGCAUCUCUCAUCUGGAUGAAGACAGAAGGAUGUACUUGAUAUGUUCAUUUAGUCCAUGACAACACUUUAAUCCCUCCAUGUCAUGUGUUGUGUUGUGUGUGUGUGUGUGUGUGUGUGUGUGUGUGUGUGUGUGUGUGUGUGUGUGUGUGUGUGUGUGAACGUAUGCAUAUGUACAACCCUCUACUGUACUAACAAAUUACUGAAAUAAACAUGACUUUUAUGCACAGAGUCAUAUAAAAUGUUAUUAAAUUUAGUAACCUAAAUCAGGGUCACAUAGAGUGUUUCUUGGUAGUGUUAAACAGUAUACACUUCACACACAUGGUUAUGGGAUUAAAACAAGAAGACACCUGUACCAUGUCAGAUAUAGAGUUGUAUUUAAUUUUAAAUUUGCAUUCCAGUGUUACACUUAAUUUCAUAGUUUUGAUGUCUUCACUAAUAUUCUACAAUGUAGAAAAUAGUAAAAAAUAAAGAAAAACCCUUUAAUGAGUAGGUGUGUCCAAACGUUUGACCGGUACUGUAUACUGAACAAAAAUAUAAAUGCAACAUGUAAAGUGUUGGUCGCAUGUUUCCUGAGCUGAAAUAAAAGAUCCCAAAAAUUG